AUGGCCCGUGAAGCGUUUACCGAUCCCUCCGCGAAUUUUUCAGAUACAAAUUCUUGUACUUGCUGGCCUACAGUAGUCACCCCAUUCAUAGUUCCAAAUGUUCCAAACACGUUCUUCUACAUCCCCGACUUCAUAGAUGCCCAAACAGAGUCGGAACUUCUGCAAAACAUUUAUGCUGCUGGAAAGUGGCAGUAUCUUGCCCAUCGCCGAUUGCAAACUUGGGGCGGAACACCUCAUCCUAAAGGCAUGAUAGCCGAAAAGAUUCCUGAAUGGCUUCAUAGUUUGAUGGAUAGAAUUUCCGAUUUGGGUGUCUUUGGUCCUCAUCGGGCCAACCAUGUGCUGAUUAAUGAGUACAAACCUGGGGAAGGAAUUAUGCCCCAUCACGAUGGACCACUCUAUUAUCCGUUUGUUACAACUGUGAAUCUUGGUGGACAUAGUGUUUUGGACUUCUAUAACCCAAUCACCGAUGAUACUACUGAUGCGUCUUUCAAAUCGCGUUAUAUUGGGUCGGCGUUACUAAUGCCUCGAAGUCUGAGUAUGGUCACCGGCAGUCUUUAUACUUACUACAUGCACGGAAUCGAGGGAAAGAGAGUUGAUUACCUUCCCCAGAUUAAAGGCGAUUUUGAUUCUUCCGUUUUUGCUGACGAUGAUAUUGAGAAGAAAAUACUCAAUCUUUCUCAAAUUCCCCUCUGGGAGGACUUAGCCGAUCAUCUUGAACGGAAAACUCGAAUUUCUAUCACUAUUAGGCACGUCCCAAAUACUCGGAAGGUCAAUAUCUCCCGAAUACUUAAGGGUACUUUCCCUUAG